GUCUAUUGUGCUUGAGCAUUGUUUAAUUUCAUAAGGCCAAUCGAGUCAUGGAGACAUAUAUUUCAAGGGGUCAUGCAAUCGAACAAGACUAUCUAUCCAACACCAAAUUAAUAAUUCAAGCAAAUUGAAAUCAUUAGGGGUGAUUAUAUUAGUUAGAGUGACAAUGCCACGAUUAAUUCCUACCUAGUUUAUUGUUAUAUCGCCCAAUUUAUAUUAAUUUUAAGCUUCUUUUUUUUUUUUUUUUUUUUUUUUGAAAGCUUAUUAAUUUUAAGCUUUACUCUAGAUAUUUUAUACAUCAACCAAACAAAUUUUAAAACAUCAUAGGGAUUUGAACUCAAUAACAAGGGGUUGGAGAAUGGAGACAAAUAAAAUUAUCUUGUCGAACACAUACUAUAUAUAAAGCUACGUUUGCUUGUAAACUAUUGUAAAAUAAUUAUAUUGUGAUCGAUCUCAUUUAUUUAAAAGAGAGAGAUAUAGAAAAGAGAUGGAGGGAGGUAUGAGCGGAGUUUACGGCGGUGGAGACGGCGGAAGCUUCCCGUACCACCAUCAUCAAGCGUUAGAAGGCGGUGUUUUGUUGUCAAGGGACCCGAAACCACGACUACGGUGGACUCCUGAUCUUCAUGAACGUUUUGUUGAUGCUGUUACCAAGCUUGGUGGUCCUGACAAAGCAACUCCUAAGUCAGUGUUGAAGUUGAUGGGACUAAAAGGGUUGACAUUGUAUCAUUUAAAGAGCCAUUUACAGAAAUACAGGCUAGGACAACAGUCAAAGAAGCAAAAUAGUUCUGAAGGGAAAACAGAUUCCACUAAUCCGAGAAAUUCAUACUCAAGAUAUAGCCUUCAUUGCUCAGAGGCAAGUACUAGUGGCACUGGCCACGGAUCAUCAAGUGGAAGUUACGAUUUAGGAGAUGUUCCAAUCACGGAGGCACUAAGGAGUCAACUCGAGAUACAGACCAAAUUACAAGAUCAAUUAGAGGUUCAGCAUAGAUUACAAACAAGGAUAGAGGCACAAGGAAAGUACUUACAAGCCAUAUUAUGCAAAGCACACCAAGGCAUUUCUGUUGAUAUUAGCUGCCCUAGUAGUAACAAUAAUAGUUGUAACAAUAAUAAUGAUAAUAAUAAUAAUCUAAGUAAUCAAGAAAGUAUAAUGUUUAGUGAACAUGUUAAUAAUAAGGAGAUGAAAUCAAUUUUUGAUCAAAUUUAUCCUGAUGAUCGUCGAUCCGAAGGCAAUCAGCAAGAUCACAAGGGAGAUUUGUUGAAGAUUAAGCAUGAAGCAGCUGCACCAGGAAAUUAUUGUUCCUUACAAUUGAAUUUAAACAAUAAUGGUAGUAGUACUAAUAACCAUGAUUAUGACUUUGGUGGUUCACAUGGAGCUGAAUUUGAAGCCAAAUUGCUUGCUUAUAGAAGAUAAUAACAAGAAUUUGACCAAAGUGUAGCCUCCUAAUUCCUUAAAUAUUUAAUUUGUUAAUGAUGUAUAGAUUCUAACUAGUAAUUAAUUAUACAAGUGAUUCGGUUUU